CGUGCAUAUAAACAUGUUUCUGUUUUUCUUAUCUUCCCUCAACUCAGUGAAGUGCUCACUACUUUCUAAAAACUGAAACAGCUCGUCGAACAGUUUGUUGUGUUUGUCUCAAUGGGGAGCAGCAUGACAAAAUGCACAAUGUCGUGGUUCUUGCACGUCCACUCUGUUGAACCGGUUAUUUAUAGCAAGUAAUGGCUGUAUGUUCUCGGUGACAAGACAAUAAAUAUGCAGUAUGUUGUCGGUGUCAAGGACAAAGAAACGUGACAAGCUUUCGAAUAAAAGUGUCUGUGCAUCGGUUCAAGCAAAAGGAUUGCUUCCUCGACUGUCGUGGAGGAUAUGCACUCUCUACACUGACUUACUUGCUUCCCCUUUUCCACUCUUUUACCACAAGUACCCCACGCGUUCAACGUACUAGUUUUGGUUUUGUAUCGAUCAAUUCAUUGCGAAUUAUUUUUUUGAUCACGCGAAAACAAAGUUUCAAAAUACUUACAUAGAAGUAUCAAUUCAUCGCAAUCUUGUUGUCAGCAGACAAAGUUCUCUAGUACUUCUACUGGCACGUAUAGGCAAAGCCAAAGAGUGUCUAAAGCUGAAUUUGGUAGUACAAGCAACAUCAAGCAUCACGUUCACGAUAAGGCGAGGAAGCGUCAGACAUCAUAACUACAAGAUGUUGCUCGACGUUAUCGGCUUGUGCGAGAGCGCUCAGGGGCGACGCGUGUGGGAAGGAUACUGCAGUGCGUUUGGUUCGAAGAUGGAAAGGAAGAAGCCAUUCGUAUACAAGUUCGGAAAACUUGGAUUGUUUUAAGGAUACAAGUACGCCUGUCAAUGCGAAUGCCUCGACAAUAAAAUACAUUUAGUUAGAAGUAAUCGUAAUGCGCUUGCGCAGUGACCAAUUGUAAUUUCUUAGUACCAACGAAUUUUUGCUUAUGCCUAUCAAUUGGAUUGGAAUCCAUGGUAGGGUAAAUGCGUGCUAAAGUUCUAAUUCAUAGGACGUGAGAAGCUCUCUGGGCCAUUGGUUUUUCGUGUGGAUUCUGACGUCUUAGAGAAGGCGGGCUUGGCCUCGCGCUGCAAACCAGAGAAGGAGAUCAAAGCCAAAAUAUUUGCCAAGAAAGAUAUUCCAGUAUUCGACAAAGGACUGGAUGAACCGGUAUCUAUUUUUUAUUGUUCGAGUACACGAGAUGUUUCUCGAUUCGAUCCAAAAUACUUAUGUGCACGACCAUGGUCUUAUUCGAUGUUGAAACGACCUUCGUGAUCUUCGUACAGGAAUUGAUCCUCUCGCUCCUGGACGAGGUGAUAGAUCGAAUUGUUGAGGUUCUUCGCAGCCAUCACAGUUUAGCGAUAGCCUUUCCAGGUCUAGGACGACUGACCUUCCCUUCAGACCGGAAUAGCUACUCUUGGAUGGAAAGACGGUAUUUUUAGUAGUAACUACUAAAUUUUCUAUGUCUAUCUGGUACUACUAAAUUUUCUAUUUCUAUCUGGUGCUGAUCGGGCGGAUACUAGGUGUACUAGAGUAAAAGCACUUUCUGCUCUUUCCAAAUCCAAAAACACGCGACCACUCGUACCUAUAAUUAUUGAUGAUCGUCAUCUUCCAGAUCGUCCAAGAAGUUUCCGUCUACAGCUACACCUUUCUUAUCUACAUCUUCAAUGAUACCUACAACUCGUCUGAACAAGAACUUCUUGUCACAUCGUCGAUCAUGGAUGGAUACAUUCAAUUCUAGGUGGGAGCCUCUGGAGUAUGUCACGGGACGUGACGCCCUAGAUCCGGAGGACUAUGUGCCGGGUGCGGAGACCGAGGCGAAAAAUGCUCCUGGUUUUUCCGUGACAGGAUCACCUGGUCAUGAGUUUACCGAAGGCGCUGGCCGCAAGCCGGACGAAACCGUCUCUGAACUAUCUAGUGUCGACGGGGACCGCUACAUGGCUGGCAUCGACAUCGACGCAGACCCCAGCUGGCGUCCAUUGACGCCUGAGGGAGGUUGGCCGGUUCGGGAGGAACCACCAGUAGAAGAAACUUCACUAGUUGCUGAUGGUGCGGAAGAAGGUGAAGAGAAGAAUGGCGAAGCUGGAGGAGGUGACGGCGCUCCGGCCGGAGGUUGAGUAGCGCAUCGGCUGAGGGCAAGGGUAGGCGUAGGCCGCGCAGCCAGCGGUAGACAUGAAGAGUGAAGCAAACGUGAAAGAAAGUAGAAACGAAGGGAUACUGCACUGGGAGACGCUUGCUGUGACAACCACCUUGCGGCGACGUUUAUAGGCAGCUGGGAAGUUGAGGCAUGAACGACAUUUUUUGCGGCACCACCUAGCAGCACGGCUUGCAAUAACGACGGAGACGCUAAGGCUACUUUGCGCGGGUAGGAUCGAGAGAUGAAGCCUGAUCGUCCCGAUCGCCACCGCCGCGCCUGCACUAGCCCUGCGCGGUACAGAAACACGCUGCUGCAUUUACGAUAGAAAUGGUGGAGCCAUACAUAGAAGAGUGCAUCCAACAGGCGACGAAAUCGAAAAUGUGUAGCUCGUGAGGAAAUAAGAACGAAAGACUACUCCAUCAAAGUCGAAUGUGAGUCCCACUGUCUUAGCUUGACAGUACAUUCGUCCAUGAGAUGAAAAACGUAACUUGCAGCGUUGAGGGACACGUUAUUGUGAUGGGUGAUCGAUUCCAUUUUCGAAUUCAAUACUUGAAGCUGGCAAUUAUAGGCAAAGAAACUGGGGUAUGUUGUCU